GUGUAGGCUUUCUCCGAAGUGCUAGCGCAUCAGUGCCCGUGGAAGCGCGUUUGGCUGUAUAUGGAAUUGAGCCGCUUAAACGGUGCGUUUUAACUUUUAACGCGGGCGGGUGGGUCAAACUUAAAAUUUCAAAUUGCUCCUUAUCAGAGCAUUUUUCCUAAGCUUAUCAGACCCAAAUCCCCUCUUCAGAUUCUCCUUUCCUUGCAUUUGAGUUUCCACCUCUAAAAAUAUCAGGAAAUGAAUUCUGGAUCACAAGAAGCUGAGAAUCGAAAGAGAAAAACUAAUUCUGGAUCUCAAGAACAGGAAGCAAAUAAACGGAAGAGGCAAUGGUCCUUGCAAGACUUCGAGAUUGGAAAACCAUUAGGAAAAGGAAAAUUUGGGAGAGUCUAUCUCGCCAGAGAAGUAAAGAGCAAAUACAUUGUGGCAUUGAAGGUAAUAUUCAAGGAACAGAUAGAGAAGUACAGGAUUCAUCACCAAUUAAAGAGAGAGAUGGAGAUUCAGACCAGUCUUCGCCACCCGAAUAUUCUGCGUCUCUACGGUUGGUUUCACGACGAUGAGCGCAUUUUCUUGAUCCUCGAGUAUGCUCACGGUGGUGAGCUUUAUAGAGAGCUUCGGAAGAAAGGUUAUCUCAGUGAGAAACAAGCUGCCACGUAUAUUGGAAGUCUCACAAACGCCUUGGCAUACUGUCAUAAGAAGGAUGUGAUUCACAGGGAUAUUAAGCCAGAAAAUUUGCUGCUUGAUCAUGAGGGUCGAUUGAAAAUUGCUGAUUUUGGGUGGUCUGUGCAAUCAAGGAGCAAGAGGCACACAAUGUGCGGGACUCUUGAUUAUCUAGCACCAGAAAUGGUGGAAAAUAAAGCUCAUGAUUAUGCAGUUGAUAACUGGACUUUGGGCAUACUUUGUUACGAGUUCAUUUAUGGUGCCCCUCCUUUUGAAGCUGAGAAUCAAACGGAUACAUUCAGAAGGAUCAUGAAAGUUGAUCUGACUUUCCCUUCUGAUCCUCCAGUUUCUGCAGAAGCCAAAAACCUCAUUAGCCGACUUCUGGUAAAGGACUCUUCAAAGAGGCUCCCCCUUCAGAAGAUCAUGGAUCAUCCAUGGAUACUCAAGAAUGCAGAUCCUAUGGGAAUCUGCAAGUAGCAUUAUCUAACUUCGUAUGUAAUUAGAUUUUGUAUCUAAUGUUAUUUGGGGAAAUUGAAGUAGCUUCUCAAGUUGAUAAGCUCAAAGGUGGUCGAUUCCCCCACGUGAAAACUUAACCUUCAGACUCAUAUCUAGCUAACUUUAUUUCGUGUGCAACUGUGGAUUAGGAUGCAGAUAUUCAGAAUUGUCCAAAUAUAUGACCAAUUAUUUUUGUGCA